AUGAGCUAUGCCGACGACACGGACGCGCUGCCCGUCUUCUACAUUGGGCAGCACGAGAGCAGGCGCGCGCUGGACGUGUCGGCGGAGCUGGUGCAGCACGCGCACGACCUGGGCUAUGACAUGCUCUCGAGCCCCAUCACCAACGACCACUUCCACAGCCGCGUCCUCGCGCUGCUGCGCGCCCACGCGGCCGCCGACAGCGCGUCCACGCCGCAGCCGCUGCCGCUCGUCGCCGCCCUCGAGAGCAGGGACACGCCGCUGGGCCCGACCGAGACGGUCAGCCAGCUGCUCGCCUACUCGAGCGCCUGGACGGACCUCGCGUCGCCCGACCCCGUCGUCGCGCACCUCUCGCGCCAGGUGCUGCACCUCGAGGUCGCGUACGCGUCUUUCUGCGGCGCCGUCAACCUCGUCGUCCCCGGCCCCCGGCUCUCGCACGGCCAGCAUGGCGUCGCCCAGUACGCGCGCGCCCUCAAGGAGGCCCUGUCGAUUGGCGCAUACGUGCAGUUCCACCUGCUGAUGCCCAUGGACGGCACCAGCGCCAGCACAGCCGCCGACGACCAGCACGAGCUGGGCGACCUCGCGCGCUUCGCCCGUCCCGAGUGCAAGCCGCGCGCCCAGCAGAACACGGCCACGGCCGUCUGGAGCUCGUGGGAGGCCUGGAACACCAUCCGCUCCGUCUGCGCCUACCCCGCCCGCCUGUCGCUCGCCCUCGAGCUGCCGCGCAAGCUGCCCGCCCUGGCCGUCCAGGCCCGCUGGUUCUCCGAGCCCGUCCGGCUCGUCGCGAUCCCGUCUGCGUCCUUUUUGGUCAACGCCCGCGCGUCCUUUGUGCUGUCCAAGGCGCACCAGUGGUUCCUCUUCCGCUUCGCCCGCCUGCGCUCCUCGCCGUGGCUGCUGCUGUCCGACAUUGGCCCCCUGCCGGGCAUCGACGACCCCGACAUGAUCAUGUCCUACUCGACCGGCCAUCUGUCGCCCUCGACCGCCGAGGACGCCGACCCCUCGGCCCAGCCCACGCCCGCCGAAGCAGCCCAGUGGAAGAAGAAGGCUGCCAAGACGCGCAGCGGCAGCAGCGGCAGCAGCAGCAGCAGCAGCGACCUCACGCCGCACCUGAGCUACCUGCGCUACCUCCAGCGCAACCAGCCGCCCAAGAGCCAGAUUGAGCGCUUCGGCCGGGGCUUCCAGGACUACCUGCAGAGUCCGCUGCAGCCGCUGUCGGACAACCUCGAGUCCAUCACGUACGAGGUGUUUGAAAAGGACCCGAUCAAGUACGCGUGGUAUGAGCGCGCUACUGCCCAGGCGCUCAAGGACUGGCACCGUGAGAAGAAGUCGACGAGCUCCGGCAAGGGCGCCGUGGUGGUCGCGGUGGUUGGCUCCGGCCGCGGCCCGCUCGUCACACGCGCGCUGAAUGCCAGUGCCACCAGCGGCGUGCCUGUCAAGGUGUACGCCAUCGAGAAGAACCCCAACGCGUACGUUCUCCUGCAGCGACGCAACGUGGACACCUGGGGCGGCAGAGUCACGGUUGUCAAGACGGACAUGCGCGCCUGGAAGGGCCCGACCCUCCCGGACGGCACAUUCGGCAAGGUGGACAUUCUGAUCAGCGAGCUGCUGGGUAGCUUCGCCGACAACGAGCUGUCGCCCGAAUGUCUCGACGGCGUCCAGCACGUCCUCAACCCCGAGCACGGCCUCUCGAUUCCCUCGCGCUACACCGCACACUUCACCCCGCUUGCGACGCCAAAGCUCUGGGCCGAUAUUCACGGCCGCAGCACGAGCGUCGACCCCAACGCCUUCGACAUACCCUGGGUCGUCAUGCUCUCGCAGUUCGACUACCUCUCCACCCACCCCGACGACACACCCGCCGCCCAACAGCUGACCGACGGCACCAAGAUGAACCACUUCAACCUGGAAGCGCCUCUCGCGCCCAUUGUCCACACGGCAUGGGCGUUCUCGCAUCCCCUCCCGCCCAGCGUGCUCGCCCAGUCAGCCCUGCGCCGCGGCGGAUCCGCCGUCGGCGGCGGAGGCGGUUUCAUCGGCGGCGACGGCGCAAACGAGCACAACUACCGCGACUGCUGCGUCACGUUCCCCAUCCGCGAGCAGGGCGUGUGCCACGGCCUGGGCGGCUACUUUGAGACGGUCUUGUAUAGCGGCUCCGAGGGGCCGGUUGAGCUGUCCACGAAUCCCGUGACCAUGGAUGCCAAGUCCAAGGACAUGAUCUCCUGGUUCCCCAUCUUCUUUGCGCUCAAGACUCCUAUGCAUCUGCCCGCGGGCUCCGAGCUCGAGGUCAGCAUGUGGCGCCAGACGGAUGACCGCAGGGUGUGGUACGAGUGGCUCGCUGAAAGCUUCAUGACGGUCAACGGGCAGCGGAUCAAGCUGGGCGUGUCGGAUUUGCACUCGAGCAAGAGCAGCGGGUGCUUGAUGUAG